UGCUCUCGAGACAAGCCAAGAUGCCACCUGAUCGGGCAAUACCAUGGCUCACCCUCUGGUUCACCCUCUGGUUCGGACUGUCUGCCGGACUCACAGUCAUGGUUCAGAAGGUGACCAAAAUGCCAAUAAUCACAGAGGUGAAAAGCUCUGAGAAAGACCAGUUCUGCAGCACGUGGGGAAACUAUCAUUUCAAGACUUUUGACGGAGAUUUCUUCCAGCUUCCCUUCACUUGCAACUACGUCCUUGCAUCCCAGUGUAAGAGUAACUAUGAGCUUUUCAAUAUUCAGCUCCAAAGGCAGGUGAUCAAUCGGACCACUACCAUCAAGAAGGUCACUAUGAAGCUGGAUGGGGUCGUCGUCGAGUUAGCCGACACUUCUGUCAAAGUUGAUGAUAAAAUUGUUACCAUGCCAUUCAACCAGCGUGGCAUCUCAAUCGGAAGAACCGUGUCCUAUGUCCAGCUUGAGGCAAAGCUGGGUCUGAUCGUCAUGUGGGAUGAAAAAGACUCCCUUUGGGUUGAGCUGGAUGCAAAAUUCAAGAAUCAGACUUGUGGCCUCUGUGGUGACUUCAACGGAGUAAAGAUUUACAACGAGUUCAUUGAAAAAGGAACAGGGGACACUUUAACUCCUGAAGAUUAUGGGGAUGCCUGGAAAGUCAAUGGUCCAACCGAAAAAUGUGAAGAAAUCCCAUCUAAAGCCACAAAGAGCUGUACAAAUCAGAAAGACCUCUGUAAGAACCUGCUCUCAAGACCGGAAUUCCGCAGCUGUCAAGGCCUGAUAAAGACUGACUCCUUCCUCAAAGCUUGUGAGAAAGACCAGUGCAACUGUGACAGCAACAGCACCUCAUGCUUGUGUUCAACCAUAUCCGAGUACUCCCGUCAGUGUGCUCAUGCAGGCGGGAAACCGCUGGAAUGGAGGACCAAACACCUGUGCACAAGAACAUGCCCUUUUAACAAGGUGUAUCGGGAAUGUGGUAGUCCCUGUACUGACACCUGCAGCAACCCUGAGAGAAGCCAGGUGUGUGAUGAUCACUGUGUAGAUGGAUGCUUCUGUCCACCAGGGACCGUCUUUGAUGACAUUACAAAACUUGGGUGUGUUGCUGUUGAGAAGUGCUCCUGCAUGCACAAUGGCAAGACAUACUCCCCAGGGAAAACAAUCUCAAGGCAAUGUAAACAAUGCACCUGCACCAAGGGUCGGUGGAGCUGUAAGGAUAAGACCUGUCCUGGUAUCUGCUCUGUCCUGGGUGGCUCCCAUAUCUCCACAUAUGAUGAGAAAACAUACACUUUCACUGGAGACUGCACAUAUGUUCUCUCCAAAGAAACUAGUGGGCUUUUCCGUGUCCUUGCUGCCCUGAAAAAAUGUGAAAAAUCAGAUAAGACCACCUGCCUGAGUGAAGUCACUCUGCAAUUUCGUAACAGCACGCAGAAGAUUGUAGUUAAAGCAAACGGACAAGUUUAUUACCCAAGUGAGAGAGAGAUUGCCAAACUGCCUUUUUUCAUGGAUGACAUAAAAGUCUUCAAACCAUCAACAUUCUUCAUUGUAAUCCACACUGCCUUUGGGCUUCAACUUGAGAUUCAACUCACACCCACCAUGCAGGUCUUCAUCAAAGCCAGUGUUUCCAAUAAGCGAAAACUCGAAGGUCUCUGUGGAGAUUUUAAUGAUGUGGAAGCUGAUGACUUCAGAACCCACUCUGGAUUGGUUGAGGGAACAGCUGGUCCCUUUGUUAAUGCAUGGAAAACAGAAUCAACCUGCCAGGAUACGAAAAACAAUUUGAAGGACCCCUGCAGUUUCAGCACAGCAAAGGAGAAAUAUGCCAAGCACUGGUGCGCCUUGCUAUCAGACCGAAACGGGAUUUUUUCCAAGUGCCAUUCUGAGAUAAACCCAGAGGACUAUGAAGCUGCCUGUAUAUACGAUGCCUGUGCCUGUGAAGACAGUGAAGAAUGCAUGUGUGCUAGCUUAUCCGGCUAUGUCCAUGCAUGUGCCGCUGAGGGUGUUUUACUGAAUGGGUGGAGGAACAGCACAUGCAAGAAAUAUAUGACUUCCUGCCCAUCGACUAUGGUGUAUUCCUACCAAAUGACAAGCUGUGGACGCACCUGCCGUUCUCUCAGUCAGUCAGACUCGACAUGUGGGAUUAGCUUUACCCCCCUUGAUGGCUGCGGCUGUGCUGAAGGAACUUACCUAAAUGAGAAGGGAGAGUGUGUGCCAGCCAGUAAAUGCCCCUGUGGUGAGGUACCUCCCAAGGAAAAGAAAACUAUCAAUGGACAAACUUGCAUCUGUCACAGUGGAAAGCUGGAAUGUAAAGGACCAACCGAAAAUGACUCAUGCAAGGGUCCGAUGAUUUACUUCAACUGUUCAAGUGCAAAGCUGGGCGUCAAGGGAUUAGAGUGCCAAAAAAGCUGCCAAACAGAGGACACAGAAUGUGAGAGUAAACAGUGUAUCUCAGGCUGUGUGUGUCCUGCUGGCCUGCUGUCAGAUGGCAAUGGAGGCUGCACUGAGAAGGAGCACUGUCCUUGCAAAUAUGCUGACAAGUACUAUAAGUCUGGACAGACAGUAACAAUGGACUGCAACACCUGCACUUGCAAAAGUGGAAAAUGGAAUUGUACAGCUAAUAAGUGUGAUGGAACCUGCACCAUAUAUGGAGAAGGGCAUUACAUCACUUUUGAUGAAAAGAGAUUCUCCUUUAAUGGGGACUGCGGCUACAUCUUCACGCAGGAUUAUUGUGGGGGCAAUAUGAAUGGCAGCUUCAGGGUUUUGACUGAGAACAUCCCUUGUGGAUCAACUGACACCAUCUGCUCCACUAUUAUCAAGCUCUACCUAGGGAACAAAGAAAUUGUUCUUUCAGAGGAAAAUAUCAAAGUUAUAAAACAAAGCAAAGGGGUGGACAUACCCUAUCAGGUCCACUCUUUGGGCAUAUAUCUUGUCAUUGAGGCAAAGAAUGGUCUUAUUAUCAUUUGGAAUAAGAAAACAACACUCAUGAUCAAACUCAGCUCAGCAUUCAAGGGAAAAGUAUGUGGUUUGUGUGGGAACUUCAAUGGGAAUGUCAAGGAUGAUUUCACCACCAGAAACAAAGUAGUUGUGGUUGAAGGCCUUGAUUUUGGAAACAGUUGGAAAACAUCAACUACAUGCCCUGAUGCAAAAGAAAUUAAAAAUCCCUGCAGUCUGUACUCACACAGGAAGGCAUGGGCCUCAAAACACUGCAGCAUUAUCAAAAGUGAAGUAUUUGCUGCUUGCCAUUCAAAGGUGGAGCCGCAGAAUUAUCAUGAUGCAUGUGUGAGAGAUACGUGUGCCUGCAAUACAGGAGGAGAUUGUGAGUGUUUCUGCUCGGCCGUCGCAGCCUAUGCAGCAGCCUGUAAUAAAGCCGGAGCCUGCAUAAAAUGGAGAACUCCCACCAUCUGCCCUCUAUUUUGUGAUUAUUACAACCCUGAUGGAAAGUGUGAAUGGCACUACGAGUCCUGUGGGAAACCCUGCAUGAAGACCUGCAAGAAUCCCUCAGGAAUUUGCUCCAGUAGACUUCCAGCAUUAGAAGGUUGCUAUCCACGUUGCCCGCCUGAACGAUCUUAUUUGAGGGAAGAUACCAUGAAAUGUGUGUCAAAGGAGAAAUGUGGCUGCUACGACAGUGAGGGGAAUCAUUACGAACCAGGGGAGCAUGUGCCUCCUAGGGAAAAAUGCCAGUACUGUGAUUGUCAUUCAGCAAAAACUGGAUGCAUUAUCCAAGCUUGUGAAGGAACACCUACAACAACCACAGAAACACCUACAACAAUCACAGAAAGACCCACAACAAAAUCCACAACCACCACUUACAACUACAGAAACACUUUCAACUACAACCACAGAAACACCUACAACCACACCCACAACAAGACCUACGACCUCACCAACAACCACAACUACAAAAACAAAACACCUACAACUACACUAACAACAACACCUACAACAAGAUAUACGACUACACCAACAACAACAACUACAAGUACAACCACAGAAACACCCACAACUACUGCAACAAUCACAACCACACCCACAACAACACCUAUAACCAUAAUAACACCCCCAAGUACAACAGCAACAACCACAGAACCAUCCACAACAACACAUUCUGACUGCUAUGUUUGUAAGUGGUCUAAUUGGACAAACAGCGAUAAACCUGACAAAGGCAACCCAAAUGGUGGGGAUUAUGAACCCAUUGAUAACAUUCCUGAUCUAGAUCGAAAUGUUUGCAGAAAACCUCUGGAAAUAGAAUGUAGAGCAAAAGGCUUAGAUAUUCCUUUUGAUGGACUGGGUCAAAAUGCAACAUGCAAUGCAGAAGUUGGACUCAUUUGUCGUAAUAUAGACCAAGGUGUACCUUAUUUAUGUAACGACUAUGAAAUACGAGUAAAAUGUUGUGUUACAAUCAAGUGUGUAACAUCAUCCCCAACAACAACAACCACAACCACAAGUACAAGUGCAACAUCAGAAACACCUACAACAACCACAGAAAUAACUUUGACCACACCAACAACCACAACUACAAGUACAACCACAGAAACACCUACAACAACAACAGAAACGGUUACAACUAUAACCACAGGAACACCUACAACAGCCACAUCCACGGAAACACCUGCGACCACACCAACACCCACCACCACAGAAACAACUACGACCACACCAACAACCACAGCUACUAGUACAACUACAGAAGCACUUUCAACUACAACCACAGAAACACCUACAACCACACCCACAACAAGACCUACGACCUCACCAACAACCACAACUACAAGUACAACCACAGAAACACCCACAACAACAAGUACAACCACAGAAACCCCUAUAACAACCACAGAAACAGUUACAACUACAACCACACCAACGACCACAACAAUAAUUACAACCACAGAAACACCUACAACUACACUAACAACAACACCUACAACAAGAUAUACGACUACACCAACAACCACAACAACAACUACAAGUACAACCACAGAAACACCCACAACUACUGCAACAAUCACAACCACACCCACAACAACACCUAUAACCAUAAUAACACCCCCAAGUACAACAGCAACAACCACAGAACCAUCCACAACAACACAUGCUGACUGCUAUGUUUGUAAGUGGUCUAACUGGACAAACAGCGAUAAACCUGACAAAGGCGACCCAAAGGGUGGGGAUUAUGAACCCAUUGAUAACAUUCCUGAUCUAGAUCGAAAUGUUUGCAGAAAACCUCUGGAAAUAGAAUGUAGAGCAAAAGGCUUAGAUAUUCCUUUUGAUGGACUGGGUCAAAAUGCAACAUGCAAUGCAGAAGUUGGACUCAUUUGUCGUAAUAUAGACCAAGGUGUACCUUAUUUAUGUAACGACUAUGAAAUACGAGUAAAAUGUUGUGUUACAAUCAAGUGUGUAACAUCAUCCCCAACAACAACAACCACAACCACAAGUACAAGUGCAACAUCAGAAACACCUACAACAACCACAGAAAUAACUUUGACCACACCAACAACCACAACUACAAGUACAACCACAGAAACACCUACAACAACAACAGAAACGGUUACAACUAUAACCACAGGAACACCUACAACAGCCACAUCCACGGAAACACCUGCGACCACACCAACACCCACCACCACAGAAACAACUACGACCACACCAACAACCACAGCUACUAGUACAACUACAGAAACACUUUCAACUACAACCACAGAAACACCUACAACCACACCCACAACAAGACCUACGACCUCACCAACAACCACAACUACAAGUACAACCACAGAAACACCCACAACAACAAGUACAACCACAGAAACACCUACAACAACAACAGAAACGGUUACAACUAUAACCACAGGAACACCUACAACAGCCACAUCCACGGAAACACCUGCGACCACACCAACACCCACCACCACAGAAACAACUACGACCACACCAACAAUCACAACUACAAGUACAACCACAGAAACCCCUAUAACAACCACAGAAACAGUUACAACUACAACCACACCAACAACCACAACAAUAAUUACAACUACAGAAACACCUAUAACAACAACAGAAACAACUAUAACCACAGGAACACCUACAACAGCCACAACCACAGAAACACCUGCGACCACACCAACACCCACCACCACAGAAACAACUACGACCAGACCAACAACCACAACUCCAAGUACAACCACAGAAACACUUUCAACUACAACCACAGAAACACCCACAACAAUAAUUACAACCACAGAAACACCUACAACCACACUAACAACCACACCCACAACAAGACCUACGACCACACCAACAACCACAACAACAACUACAAGUACAACCACAGAAACACCCAUAACAAGUACAACCACAGAAACCCCUAUAACAACCACAGAAACAGUUACAACUACAACCACACCAACGACCACAACAAUAAUUACAACCACAGAAACACCUACAACUACACUAACAACACCUACAACAAGAUAUACAACCACACCAACAACCACAACAACAACUACAAGUACAACCACAGAAACACCCACAACUACUGCAACAAUCACAACCACACCCACAACAAGACUUACGACCACACCAACAACAACUACAAGUACAACCACAGAAACACCCAUAACAAGUACAACCACAGAAACCCUUACAACAACCACAGAAACAGUUACAACUACAACCACACCAACAACCACAACAAUAAUUACAACCACAGAAACACUUACAACCACACCUACAACAAGACCUACGACCACACCAACAACCACGACAGCUACAAGUAGAACCACAGAAAGAAUUACAGCUACAACCACAGAAACAACCACAGAAACACCCACAACAACAGCCACAACCACAGAAACACCCACAACAACAUCAACUACAACCACUGAAACAGCUACAACAACUAUAACCACAGAAACACCAAAAACAACCACAGAAACACCAUCAACUUCAACCACAGAAACAACAAUUAUAACCAUGGAAACACCUAUAGCAACUACACCCACAGAAACACCCACAACACCGCCACCCCCUGAAGACUGUUCUUAUCUCGAGCCACCUAGAAAGCAUGGUGAAACCUGGAGGGAACACAAGUGUUCCACAAAAAAUUGUUCCAAUGGAAGCGUAAUAACAACACAUGUGCCAUGUAAAACAGUGACCAGGCCUGUGUGUGAAAAUUCGAUGCCACCAGUGAGGAUUUACGAUGAAACAGGCUGUUGUUUCCACUACGAAUGCGAAUGUGUUUGCUCUGGCUGGGGAGAUCCUCACUAUAGUACAUUUGAUGGCAAGUAUUACAGCUUCCAGGAAAACUGCACAUAUGUCCUGGUCAAAGAGAUCAUUCCUCGAUACAACAUUACGAUUCUUAUCGACAACGAAAACUGUGAUCCUUCUGGAAGUGUGACAUGUGCAAAAGCCCUGCUUGUUUUUUACAAAAACUAUAAUAUUACUCUUGUCCUGGAGAGAGCCCCAAAGACCAGGAGCUUGGUGUACAUCAACAACAAGCAGGUAGUCCCAGCCUACUCUAAUGAUGACCUCCGCAUAACAAGUACAGGAAUUAAGCUGGUUUUGAGCAUCCCAGCAAUUGACGCAACUGUGCAGUUAGCAGGAUUCUUUUUCAGUGUGCAGUUGCCACUUUCCUCUUUCCACAGCAACACAGAGGGGCAGUGUGGUUAUUGUGACAAUAACAAGGAAAAUGACUGUAGAUUACCAAAUGGCCAGAUUCAUCCCUCAUGCUCAGGGAUGGGACAGUGGCAAGUAAAUGUUACUAAUAAGCCAUAUUGUCUGAAGCCGCCUUCUCCAACAAAACCAGUACCAACAUCAUCACCUCGACCAACUUGCAAAGCCUCUAUUUGUGAAAUUUUGAUCAGCAAGGUGUUUGAGGAAUGCCACAAAGUAAUCCCAGUAGGUAACUUUUAUGCGGCCUGUCAAUAUGAUGUUUGCCACACAUCGCAAGGCAUGGGUUGUUCCAGUUUAGAGCUGUAUGCUUCAAAAUGUUCUGAAGCGUCCAUCUGUGUAGCCUGGAGGAAUGCUACUAAUGGACUGUGUGAAUAUAAGUGUCCAGCAACGAAAGUAUACAAGCCUUGUGAGCGAGGUGUUGAACCAACUUGUAAUGCAAGAUACAACAUACGGCAAGAAAAAGGCAAACAAGAUUAUACUGGAUUCCAGGAUGGAUGUUAUUGCCCAGAAGGGAAGACUUUAUUCAGUUCAAAUUCUGACAUCUGCGUCACCUCCUGUUGCACUGGACCUUCUGGUGAACCUAAAGAGGUCGGUGACACCUGGCAGAGUGGCUGUAAGCAGUGUGUUUGUGAUAAGGUCACUAUGAGUGUCCAGUGUGUGCCUCUCACAUGUCCCACUCAAGAACCAAUAACCUGUAAUGAGGAAGGAUACAUGUUGGUGAACCGCACUGUGGACUGCUGUGAGAGACAUCAGUGUGAAUGUGUUAAGAGCCGCUGUUCUUCACAAAAGUGCAAACUGGGAUUUGAGUUGAAUAUCCACAACUCAAAUGACAGCUGCUGCCCAGCCUGUGUACCCAAAGGUGUCUGUGUCUUCGAUGAGACUGAGUACAGGCCCGGUAAGGAAUUCUCCAAAAACCCAUGCGAAUCAUGCCGCUGUACAGAAACUCAGAACACCACCAGCCAGUUGAACAUCAUUGAGUGUCGCCAGGAAACGUGUAACAAAACAUGUCCAGAGGGCUAUGUGUAUGAGAACAAACCUGGACAAUGUUGUGGCUCAUGCAAAAGGACAAGCUGCAUUUUGACGCUUCAAGGCUUCACUUCUCCAAUAAUUAUUCAACCUUCUCAGUCUUGGUCUCCACCAAAUAACAACUGUACCAAGUAUGAUUGCCAGAAGGUGAAGGAUGAGUUCAGAACCUCUGUAAACCACAUAAAAUGUCCUGAAUUUGAUCCAGAAAACUGUGUUCCUGGAACUGAACAAACUGAUGCGAAUGGUUGUUGCAAAAGUUGUACUCCUCGUCAUCGCUGUGUAAUGAAGAAGAACACCACUGUUCUGAAGACAAAGGACUGCGAGUCAGUUGAGCCAGUGGAGAUGACAGCCUGUCAGGGAUCCUGUGGACUUUCCUCAUCAAUGUACGUUAUGGAGAGCAACAGAUUGAUGCAUUCAUGCACGUGCUGUCAAGUAACAGCCAGCAGUGAGAAGAAGGUGAAGAUGAAGUGCUCCGGUGGCAAACUUAUGACGCACUACUUUACUUCAGCUGACGAGUGCGGUUGCAAAGAAUGUUCUUAAAGCGACAUAACAAAGAAAAAAGAGAAGGAAAAUGAAACUGGGAAAGGGAAAUGGAAAGGGAAAACAUGAUUAAUACACUUUUAUAAACUUCAACAAUUCCUCUCCACAGUCUAUUAGAGAAUCAUGACUCAGUAUGUGAAGAUCACCAAAGGCACAUCUCACAUCUCUCUGUGUAUUCAGCAGCCCUGAAAUAAAAGCAAAAAGGUUAAAGCUUUUAAACAGCAAAGAGCUUCUUGUCUGAAAUUUCCAUCACCUCUUUGCACUUGUCAACACUUUCUCAUUUGUUGUCAGGGAGGCAGGUCCAUAGCAAAUAUUCGCGUCAUUGUCUCUAUAAGCUUUGGAGAGGGUUAUCCUUUAUUCCAAUUAUAUCAUGUGGUGUUUUCUUUCAGGGUGUUUUCUCUUCCUUUUUUAAUUUAAAGAUUGAAGAGAUUAAAUACACAAUGGAUUUUUCAGCCAGGAGAAAAGGGAUCAUAUUUUUGGUAAAGGUGAAAGAUCUGAAUCAUAGAUUUGAUUUUUUAAGGAUUGUUGUUUACCAUUUCAAACAGCACCAUCAACAUAAAUUAUCUAAUUAAAUGCAUGAGUAAAAAAGUGUAAGGAAUCUUGAAACUAUCAUUAUCCAGCAUGUGGUGUGUCACUCUUCUGCAAAUCUUAAUAAAACUCUGUUUUUCAUGGCAA